UGAAAUGUUCGGAAUUCAAAAAUAAUUGUUUUCUUUUGUUUUUUUGUUUCUGAUGCGAAAUGUGAAUAUAUUAGAGGGAAAAUAUCCCGCCAUUAGGAAACCGGAUAAUCUUCUACGGCCUUGAGCUCAAGUCGGUGGUGGCCAUUUUAUCCUGUGCUUCGUCUCGCCGACUUCCCUGAUUGUUUCGCCGCCGGAGUGUUAAAAGCAACGUUACAGAAGCAAGAGACUCCACUGAAUCGAAAAUUGACUGAAUUGCGGUGUCAAAGGAAGUAAAAAUUACUGGAACCUCUUCAACAUGUUAGACCCAUGAUUAAUUCGAAUCAAAUGAGUAGGAGUCACCUCCCCGAAGUUCAGAAACCUAGAGGUCCUCAAACGAAUUGGUCAGAACAUGCAAAGGCGCUCGAGAGUUCAUCAUCGGUGACUAAGUUUCUGAGCUCCAAUGUCCUUUACGCCCUAGAAAGCCAAAAGCCUAGAGAUAUGGCUGCAAGGUCAAUUGCGUUUCCCAGUGUGAAUGUGCAUACUUUGGCGCACCCGCAAAUUUCAAAGGCUUGGCGUGCUCUUUCAAGUCUUUCAGUAAAUAAUACCUACCUAAGACCUGGCGUUACUCCCCCCAUUGAUGUUGGCACCAAUGACUCUUAUUCUGCAAGAGAGAGAUCUACCGCAAAAGUUAUAUCUAGCACUGGUGGUUCUGUUUAUUCGAGCACUCGACCAAACCUAAGUGCAAUGAAUGUUUCAGGAACUGGAAGAUCCUUUCAUAGUUUCCCUUCCUCUGUCCCUGGUGAUGAUAAAAUAGUUGCUGAAAAGUUUCCACGGGGAAACAAUGAGAUCAGAGAAUCAGAACCCAGUUGCACGCAUUUAAAUGGUGUGGAGAAGUCAUUCGGGAAUUCUGCAUUCCCAGCUGAGCAGUUCGAAUCUAGAAAAGCAUGUCUUGAUGAUAUGGAUGAUGAUGACAUACUUGAGAAUAUUGACGUCGACCAAAUAGUGAUGGAACACUACCAUUCAACAAGUACCCCACAGCCAUCAGUGUCUAAUUUUUCGUUGAGAACUCCACCUGUAGAUAGAAGUGCUUCCAGAUUAGAAGAAGAGUGCAAUCUGCCUCCUGAAUUAUGUUCCAACUGUAGUCAUGGAAUAAAGUUGGGGCUUUGUCCAGAAGCUUCAACCCAUGUGGAGCAGAUGAAGGACGUGUUGCUUGCAAUAUCAAAUGAACUCCUUGACGAUGCUACUGACCUGAGUCCUGAUCGUGUUGGACAGCUCCGUCAAGAGAGGUUACGGCUGAAGAAACAAAUUCAGCAGCUCGAGAACCAUAUCCGAGAUAAAGAAAGCCAAAAAUCUCAGUUUUUGUCAUCGACAGCUACUCGUAUUUUCCAGUAUGAAACACCUAAAUCAACAAAUUAUAAAAUGGAUCAACCACAAACUGAUUUUCGAGCACAUGUAAGUGACCAAGGCAGAUAUGCCUGUGAUAGCUGGAACACGCCAAGAGAUUCUUCCUUUUCUGUAGAUAGAUAUGGUCUUUCAUCUGCUCCUGUAGAGAGGGAACAAUAUGUUCCAAAGAUUAUUGACGUAACCUACACUGAAGGUUCAAACGACAAAAAAUGGAGCAGUCGUGAAUUUCCCUGGACAAGGAAAUUGGAGGUUAAUAACAAAAAAGUGUUUGGAAAUCAUUCGUUUCGACCUAACCAGAGAGAAAUUAUCAAUGCAACAAUGAGUGGCUCUGAUGUUUUUGUUUUGAUGCCAACUGGAGGAGGGAAGAGUUUGACAUAUCAGCUCCCCGCUCUGAUCUGUGGAGGAAUAACAUUAGUAAUUUCUCCACUUGUGUCUCUUAUUCAAGACCAGAUAAUGAACCUAUUGCAGGCCAAUAUACCAGCUGCUUCCCUAAGUGCCGGGAUGGAAUGGGCUGAACAACUAAAGAUCUUUCAGGAGCUGAAUUCCGAGCAUUCUAAGUACAAGUUGCUAUAUGUCACACCUGAAAAAGUAGCAAAAAGCGAUUCUCUUUUAAGGCAUCUGGAAAACUUAAAUUCUCGUGGUUUGCUUGCUCGGUUUGUUAUUGAUGAAGCUCAUUGUGUGAGCCAAUGGGGACAUGACUUUCGACCAGACUACCAGAGUCUUGGUAUUCUGAAGCAGAAAUUUCCCAACAUUCCCGUGUUAGCUUUAACAGCUACAGCAACAGCCAGUGUGAAAGAAGAUGUGGUACAAGCCCUUGGCCUUGUUAACUGUGUCGUGUUCCGGCAAAGUUUUAAUCGUCCAAAUCUAUGGUAUUCUGUUGUUCCCAAGACAAAAAAGUGUCUGGAAGACAUCGACAAAUUUAUUAAGGAAAACCAUUUUGAUGAGUGUGGAAUUAUAUAUUGUCUUUCAAGAAUGGACUGCGAAAAAGUCUCUGAACGGUUGCAGGAGUUUGGUCAUAAAGCAGCAUUCUACCAUGGCAGUAUGGAGCCUGAGCAACGUGCCUUUAUACAGACACAAUGGAGCAAGGACGAAAUCAAUAUAAUAUGUGCUACUGUGGCAUUUGGAAUGGGAAUCAACAAGCCUGAUGUCCGCUUUGUUAUUCAUCACUCGCUCCCAAAGUCUAUAGAAGGCUAUCAUCAGGAAUGCGGUCGUGCUGGCAGGGAUGGCCAGCGGUCAUCUUGUGUUUUAUAUUACGGUUAUGGCGACUAUAUACGAGUUAAGCAUAUGAUUAGCCAAGGAGGAGUUGACCAAAGCCCCAUGGCAACUGGGUAUAAUCGUGUAGCAAGUUCAGGGAGGUUACUUGAAACAAAUACCGAAAACCUUCUCCGCAUGGUUAGAUACUGCGAAAAUGAGGUGGAAUGCCGACGUUUCCUACAACUAGUGCAUUUGGGGGAAAAAUUCGAUUCCACAAACUGCAAAAAAACGUGUGAUAAUUGUUGCAGUAGUCAGAGUUUGAUUGACAAAGAUGUCACCUUGAUCACAAGGCAACUGGUUGAACUGGUGAAGCAAACAGGAGAAAGGUUUUCUUCAGCUCAUAUUCUUGAAGUCUACAGAGGUUCCUUAAACCAAAUGGUCAAGAAACACAGACAUGAGACUUUGCAGUUCCAUGGAGCUGGAAAACAUUUAUCGAAAAUUGAAGUCUCUCGUAUCUUGCAUUAUCUCGUAACAGAGGAUAUUCUUGUGGAAGAUGUUAGGAAAAGUGAUAUGUAUGGAUCUGUGUCAUCGUUGCUCCAGGUGAAUAACGCAAAGGCUACCAUACUAUUUUCUGGAAGCCAGACUAUAGUGAUGAAGUUCCCUUCUUCUGUAAAAGUAUUAAAGCCAAGUAAACAGGGGGCAACCGCAGCAAAAGGUCCGCUAACAUCAGAGAAGCAAAGUACUCUUCCACUUACAACAGAAGAUGCUCCUCCAAAAGAUGUGAAUCUCUCUGCCAACAUGUACACAGCCUUGAGGAAGCUUCGUACAGCUCUUGUCAAAGAAGCCCCUGAUGGUGUCAUGGCAUAUCAUAUAUUCAUCAAUUCAACGCUUCAGCAGAUAAGCAGACGGAUACCCAGAACCAAAGAGGAACUCCUUGAAAUCAAUGGCCUUGGGAAGGCCAAAGUAAGCAAGUACGGUGAUCAGUUGUUGGAAACAAUAGAAACAACGGUGAACGAGUACUAUGGAACCAAUAAGAAAGACUCCAUCAUCAGCAACGAUAGUCCCGAUUCAGGGAAGAGAAGAAGAGACGAGAACAUUAGUCCAAAUGUAGCCGAGGAUGAUGAUUUCGAAGUAAGCCCAAGCCAGUCCUGCAAAAAAACAGUGAGAAACAAAAGCAAUGAGGUUCUUCAUGGUGAAUGUAUAGAUGGAGAUAGAAGAGGCAUGGAGCUUGAUUUUGAUUUCAAAGACGAAGAUGGGUCAGAGAUACGACCGGAGGGAAGAGUAUUACCGUGGUGAAGUUGUGACCACUGAAAUUUUAGUUGUAAAGAAAUUUUGAUGUAAUAUUUUGUUAACUUCUAUGGCCUACUCAAUGUACCUUAAUUUUCAGUAGAUUGAAGAAACUAGUUAUUAAAUGCUGACUUCUUUGAUGAUCUCUUUUUUUUUUUUAAUCAA